UCUCUUCGACGCACGCAACGAAAGAUGGAACCGCAAAGGACUUUGACCGACUUACCCUUCGAGGUCCUCGAUCUGAUAUUCAAGGCUCUGGCCUAUAAGGACCUUCGCGGCCGCUGGCCACCGUAUACCGUCUACCAUUACUCAAAGGACAAGCUAAGCUUGGCCGAAACCUGCGAAUAUCUGGGCCAGGCUUUUGCCUAUCACAGUCGCGAUAUUUACAAGAAGGCUAUAUAUGACCGUUCAUCCCCGUAUAUAUCCGAAAGAGACUAUUCGGUAAUUGUCUCUCUUUGCGGCUCGACGGCAGUGGAGUAUGUCGGAUCUCCGGGUUGCAAUUGGAGCGCUGAGGUGGCCAAGGCAGUGGGCCAGUAUUGUCCCAACUUGCAAAGGGUUCGAUUUCAAGUGUACUUGGACAAUGGCGACAUCCUAAUAUCUCUGAUACACAAGGCAAAGAAUGCCAUCAAAAGCCUGGACUUUGGAUAUGCCAGCCACGACCCCCUAAGAAUAGGUUCGAAUAUAAUGCACAAAAUACCAGAGCUGCCGCUGCUAAAAACCUUAACCUUAGAUAGUUUUCGAGUUGACGAAGCUUAUGAGAUACAAAGAUUUUUGAGCAUAGAAGAGCUCUUCUUGCAGUCACAUUAUUCCCAUAUAGAAGAUCUCAAGACAUUAAAUCUGUUUAAGGUGUGUGCUCCCCUGAAGAAACUCCGAAUACUGACGGUGAUUGGGGUACACAUCAUUUCUGAGACAGAUGAGGACGAGGCAAUUCCAGAAUUUCCCGCAUUGGAACACUUUAAACUGAGCUCUUGUAUAAUAUCGAUGGAAUUUCCAAGCUGUCCCAAGCUCAAGAUCCUUGAUAUAUCAUGCACUAAGUGCCACAUUGAAGGCCUGGUCUGCAAAUCGGUUCUUAAACAGGGCAAAGAUCUGGAAAGAUUGAUCGUUGAGAGUCGACCAUCGCAAUUUGAUAAUGAAAGUCUUUUGGAAGUGAUACAAAAAUUUCGUAAACUUCGAUACUUUAAUGUACCGAUUCGGAAAAUUAAAUUUGAUUUGCUCUAUGCGACUGAACUGGUGAAUGUUUUAAGGGAAAAUGGAGUAACUAAAGAAGAUCCUUUGGAGCUGGUGUUAGAUGAAGUUAGCAAAAUACAUUGGCUGCAUCACUGGCUGUCGUAUAUAUCUGGUUCCAACAUAAUAAAAGCACGUGUUUAUUAGAAAAAUUCAAAUAUAAAAUGUUUAAAUAUUA